CACGACUGAGGACAUCUUUGUUUUGCUCGAUUCGGUUUUGUUUAUUUUAUUUAUUUUAGCUAUCGUCAACGCUAUAUACACUAUUUUCACAAUGGACUGCGUCGACUUUCCUCGGAUUUUCCCUAACUCACCACGGAAAUCGCGAGGACAAAUUCAGGUAAUCUUUGGACCGAUGUUUUCAGGCAAAAGCACUGAAUUGAUGAGAAGAGUACGCCGUUUCCAAAUCGCCCAGUACUACUGCCUGGUCAUCAAAUAUGCAAAAGAUACUCGCUACUCUGACCAUGGAAUGGCCACACAUGACAAAAGCACCAUGGAAGCCGUACCAGCCUGUUGUUUGGCUGAGGUGAGGCAUCUGGCUCUACAGGCCUGUGUGAUUGGAAUUGAUGAAGGGCAGUUUUUUCCAGACACAGUGGAGUUCUGUGAGGAGAUGGCCAAUUUGGGGAAGACGGUCAUUGUUGCUGCAUUGGAUGGAACCUUCCAGAGAAAGCCAUUCGGAAACAUUCUGAACCUGGUUCCUCUGGCGGAGAGCGUGGUGAAGCUUCAUGCUGUCUGCAUGCAGUGUUACAAAGAAGCUGCAUACACAAAGAGGAUCGGUGCAGAGAAAGAGGUGGAAGUGAUCGGUGGGGCUGACAAGUACCAGGCAGUGUGUCGACGCUGUUACGGAGGUCUCACGGUGAACAAGGAGAACCGGUCUCCCUUCAAGAAUGAGACGCCGUCACAAAAUCUUGUCAAGAUUGUGGACUCCGGCAUUCCCAGGAAGCUUUUCUCUUCCUUACAGCUCUAAGGACUAAAAUCAGAUUGUAUGUUUUAGGUAUUUUUAUGUGGUGUUUUUAAGAUUAUGUUCGGGGCAAUGAUGUUGGAAAAUGUCACCUGUUUUUAUUUUUGCAAAUUAUUAUUAUUAAUAUUAAUCGUUAACAUUCCUGUUGUCGGUGUGUUAAUGGAAUAUAGGACAAUUGUAUUAAACUAGGAACAAUCAUUUUGCAAAGGUGUUUUUGUUUAGUUGGCAUUAACCUCAAGAAAAUGUCAUAUCCUGAAUUAUUUUUGUGUCC